AUGACGAACAAUUCCGGACUCAGAGGAUAUUACCACCCUCCCCUUCCACCACCUCUGCCAGCUACGUACGCCCUCAUGCCCCUCCUCCCCGAUUUCUCCCCCACAGACUACCUCAUCAACUGGCCCCCCUCCCAUCUAAACACCAUCACCAUGCUCCCCGACCUCAUCUUCCCCGUCCUUGAUUUGCCUAUACAGCCUCAUCUAGAUCCCACAGCAGCCCAAGGAACCCUCCCAAACUUAUUCUGUGGUAAUCCAUGUUACUGCUACAAGAAAACUUGUGCGUUUGCGUCGAGGGGUGGGUUUGGGAAGUAUUGUGGUGGAAGGAAGGGACCGGUUGUUUUGCCUGUGAAGGCGAGUGGUGAGGGAGAUGGGGGCUCGUUUGGAUUUAUGGCGUGGUUUGCGAAAUUUUGCGGGAUGAGAAAAGGUAAGAAGAAUUCUGGUGCUGGUCUUGAAGCUGGAGAGGCGAGUGUUGAAGCUGAUGAUGAGACGACACCUCUUUUGGGGGGCAGGUGA